AUGAGUAAUAAUAUCGGAGAAUCUAGAACAGAAUUGCUUAACUGGUUGAACGAUCUUUUAAAGUUGAAUUACAAAAAGAUCGAAGAAUGUGGUACUGGUGCAGCUUACUGUCAAAUAAUGGAUUCCGUCUAUGUUGACGUACCAAUGCAUAGAGUGAAGUUUAAUGCUACAGCCGAAUAUGAAUUUCAUACUAAUUACAAAAUUUUACAGAGUUGCUUCGCUAGACAUGCAAUUGAAAAGACAGUAUAUGUGGAGAGAUUGGUUAAAUGCAGAUUUCAAGACAACUUAGAAUUUUUACAAUGGAUUAAAAAAUUCUGGAUGCAAAAUAAAGAUAGUAGUCCCUAUGAUGCUAUUUCCAGGAGGAAACACAGACAAGUCAGUGGAAGUAUUGGUGGGACGGCUCCCCCAUCUAGUGGUUCAAUCAGUAUAGCAAAACGUAAAUCUAGUAUGCCUACACAAACUUAUGGAUCUACACGGUCAUCUUAUGGAACUAGUGGUGUCACCAGAAGAAUAUCGAACGAUCAAUAUUUGGCUAUUCAAACGGAAUUAACUCAAGCAAAGAAUAAUAUGACCGCUAUGGAUAAAGAGAUUAAUACAUAUAAGGAUACUACCAAUAUUCUAGAAAGAGAACGUGAUUUUUAUUUCAGUAAAUUAAGGGAUAUUGAGAUCUUGGUACAAUCGACGCAAGAUCUUAUAAAAGAAGGCGUGUAUGAAAGUGGUACCGGUGAAUUAGAUAAAUUCUUGAACAAAGUUCAACAGAUAUUAUAUGCAACAGAGGAUUCAAACGAAGGUGACCAACGACAAAACGAAGAAAAUAGAACUGAAACAAUUAACACGAGUGAUCAACAGUAUAUGGAUAAAGAUAACUUAACGAAUCAUUCUUCAAUCAGUGUUCAGAAUCAUGAACCCAUUAUGAACAACCUAUCUAUGAACAAUCCACCGGCUCAAGCUGUCCCACAGAACUUAAUAAUUGAUGACGAAACAUUUUGA